AUGAAUCCUAAAUUUGAGCAUUAUAGUUUCCACUCGAAAAAUGGAAUACAUAAGAUUCCUUAAUCAGAAUAGUGUUAAACUCAAUAGAACAAUGUCAGUUUUGAUACUAAUAUUAUGAGAACCUAUAGCUUAAGUAAUCCAAAAGGGUACUAUGAAAGAUGGAAUAGUCACACUCAAGUAGAAGUUGCUAAGAAGGAAUGCAACUUAACAAACCCCUUGAUUUAGAAUUAACAAGUAGAAUCUGAGUUCUAAAUUAAUGUUGAAAAUAUCUUACAAUUUAAUCAGAAUUGUAUAAAUUCAUUAAAUUUUCUAGUGAAUGGUUCUGAACUCAUGGAAUUCAAUAGAGAUCUUAAAUCUAAUUCAGAAAUAGCACAAAAAGAGGAUGAUCAACAAUAUUGUAAAUAUGACAGGAAUUACGAAUCUCAUAAUACAGAUAUAAUUGUAUUGGCAACUCCGCCCUAAAAAAAUAAGCUCAAAGCUGUUGGAAACAUGUUUUUGGGACUUUGGAGAUUAUAAUAAAAUGUAGUUGAACCUAUCACAUCCACAGAAUAAUUUUAUGAUAAUUUUGGAUCUACUCAGCGUCAUAUUAAUACGAAAAAUGCUUAUAAAAAGGUCCAUCCAGCUACGGAUUCUCAGGAAAUGCGAUUGAUGGACCUUUUCAAUUAAUUCAAAUUGGUAUGCCUCUUCACAUAAUAUUCAAUGUAAGGUUCAAAUGAAGACAUUUAAAACAUGAUUAAGAUACUCCAAAGAGAUCCCAAACGUAAUCUGACAAAUCCCCAGGAUCCAAAUCACAUCAUAAACUCCCUCAAUCAAUAUGGAUAAAAUGCUCUUUACAUAGCAUCUAAGAAUGGGAAUGCUCAAGUAAUAAAGUUUCUGUUGUCUCUUGAAUGCAAUACUCAUAUCAGAAGUCGCAUCUUUGAGGAUCUCACUGAAAGUCCAUUAGAGGUUUCAUCGAGAUGGCAUCAUUUGGAAUGUGUGAGAUUGUUGUUGGCUGCUGAUAAAUAUAGUAAUGCAGAAUUGAGAUCAGCAACGAAGGCAACUUAAAAUCAAGAAAUAAUCAAUAUGUUGAAACGAAAUAUGAGUUCCUCUCUUUUCUCUUGUUGUUUGUGA